AUGGAACAAGACCCCCCUCCCCCUACCACCAACUCAGAGCUGCCAGAAGCUUCAGUCUUCCAUUUUCAAUGUGAAGUGUUGAUAUCCGGUUUUGUUGAUCUAGGUACAAAGUUGAAGAACUUAAACCCGAAGAAAUUCAGCAUUCAUGACCAGGAUCACAAAGUACUGGUCCUGGACUCUGGGAAUCUCAUAGCAGUUCCAGAUAAAAGCUACAUACGCCCAGAGAUCUUCUUUAUGUUACCCACAUCCUUGAGCUCAGCCUCUGCAGAGAAAGGAAGUCCUGUUCUCUUGGGAGUCUCUAAAGGGGAGUUUUGUCUCUACUGUGACAAGGAUAAAGGACAAAGUCGUCCAUCCCUUCAGCUGAAGAAGAAGAAACUGAUGAAGCUGACUGAUCAAAAGGAAUCGGCACGCCGUCCCUUCAUCUUUUAUAGGACUCAGGUGGGCUCCCAGAACUUGCUGGAGUCAGUGGCUCACCCCGGAUGGUUUGUUUGCACCUCCUGCAAUUGUAAUGAACCUGUUGGAGUAACAGAUAAACAUGAGCAUAAGAAACACAUUGAAUUUUCAUUUCAUCCAGUUUGCAAACCUGAAAUGAGCCCCAGUGAGGUCAGCGAUUAGGAAACUACCCCAUCGAAUGCCUUCCUGGCUAAUUGGCCUAAUUAUAUAAAAACCGAAAUCCUGCUCACUAACCUUUAUAUCAGUGUGUUUCAUUUCUCAUUCAUACUUUAAGGAUUUGUGUUUUUAGGAAAUAGCAAGAAGAUUGUUUAAUUACAAAGUUCUGGGUAGGAAAGAGCCCAGCUUCUACCUGUACACUGCUACCCUGAACCAUCAGACAUCCAUGUGCGUGUCAUAUGCCAUGAUAUGGCCAGUCUGAGUGUGAUACUUGCAAGAGGAAGGAGCAUCUGGGUGCAUGCUAUGCUCUAGAAUCAGUCCUUCCUACUGGGGUUUGGUAGAUGCUGAG